GCGUCAUAAUUUAAUGAUAUCUUAUGUGAUUAUAGUAUUAUCAUUUUAUUUUACUCGCAAUUAAUGACUAUAAUAUCUACGAUGCUUAAUAUCUGCACAGAGUCUAUCUACCUAGACCUGGUCUAUUAUUAACGCCUCCUAACUCUCAAGUCGUCAAAUUGUCAUAGUUGAUUAAGCACGGUUUAAGCACUUUUUCAGGCAUGAUUUGUUGCAAUUGAAUGAUUACCGUGCAAAUUCAAUUUCCUCGCAGAUCCACACGAUAGGUACGCUCCGCGAUCACCGUUUGACUUACUUAGGUAAUUUAGAGUGCUCCGACUAUUUAUAGCUAAGGAAUAUAUUGAUCAAUUUGACAUAAUGAAUCGAGGAAAUAUCUGGACGCGUAAUAUAAUGUACGAUAUCGCGUGGUUAGAGACACAGGGGCGUAUCCACGAUGAAAGUCCCCGUCUUUACGCCCUUUUGAUUUUAUUCACGCGAUACGCAAUAAAUACUUGUUAAAAGUUUUCACGAUACAGGAAAUUACUGUCCAAGUACAUUCUCGAUGCAUAUAGGAUACGGCCAUUUAUAGGACCCCUUUGUAUAUCCGUUGGGAAGUAACCUAAUUCCUCUGAUAAUCAUUGCUAUAAGUGACUAUAUACAGACCUACGUAUACUGAAUUUACGAUGUACAUAGAUAUCGCGUAGACGUGUGGUUCAAUUGAACCCCUACAAAGUAACGAAUUGAUGUAAUGUUCAGGAUACUAUGGUAUCUUUUACUAGUGCAAAUUUUAUUGCGUUAUAAAAACCGUUUAAGUUUCUUCAAGUAUUGGGAUUAUUGAUUAUUACGUAAAAUAAGAUUGGAGGAAACAUCGUAUUAGUGCAUAUAAGUAACGUGUGUGUCACGAAUAGUUGAACUCUGUGUUAUUGCAGCAAUUCACUCUAUAUAUAUUUUUUUCUUUCUUGGUCGGUAAAUAAUGUCACGAAUUUUAUGAUCAGUCUUGCGAUGAUCAUGGAUCGUGGGUGGUUUCGUGGAUGGAGUAGGAGAGCAUGAUCUUUUGCAAAGCCAUAGUACCAGAAUCAACGGGUUCUGAAUCAUUGGCUUCCUUAGUUCGUUCAGUCAGUCUUCCCAGGGACACGAAGCUUGACGCUCACUUACCUUACUUAACUUGUAUGAGAAUCGUGGAGCAACACAUUUUUGUUGAGUAAUUAAAAAAAAAAAUUUGAAAUUAUUUCUUUUAUCGGAAUGUUAUUAUCAUUUAGCAGUUGAGAUCGUAAUUUUGUAUUUAGAUGGAAUUUUUUCGUUUUGAAUGAUUGAUGAUCAUUAUUUCAUUUAAUGCUACUGUUUAUUCUUUAAUUUAUCUUACUGGCAUUUCAAAUUCUUCAUGAUACCCUUUUGUAUUGUUUGAUUUGAAUAUUUAAAUCAAUUAAGAUGAAGGUGCUUGUGUUUUUAAUCGCGCUUCAAGCGGCUUACGCCAAUCACAAGAUUCCCUGGUGGAACAUCAAGGCUGCUCAGGAACAAGGACCGAAUGUCUGUGUGGUCGAGGAAGUUCCUGGCACAAAUCGAAAAUAUUAUACUGAAUGCAAGUACUGGAGACCUAGAGUAAUUUGUGGGGAACAAGCGGUUAUCAAAUAUGAAUGUUGCGAAGGAUUCUACAUGGUCCCGGGCGAGUUGGGAUGUACUGGAGUUAAGCCGCUCCUAAAUGUCGUUGAGACAGCACGAAACAUUGGCGCCGCGAAGUUUGCCAACCUCUUGGAAAAGUCUGGC